ACUCCUUCCUCACUUUAUUAUUUUACUUGUACCAAUACUUUCUUUCUUCUCUUCAUAAAAAUGCACUUAAAUAAAAACAAAAGAUCAAAGCAUAUAAAACAAGAGCAGGCGGUGGAGACAGAAAGAAAAAUGGGCGGAGAAGAUAAAGCCAGACGGUGGUGCGUAUGGAGGUUCGCGGUGGCGCACGGCGGCCUGAGGUGGUCCGGCACGGCGGCCACCGCAAAACUUUUCCAGAAUUAAAAACUUUUUACAUGAUUCUACUCGGGAAUAGCAAUCAAUGGAUGGAAUCGUUAUCAGAGGGUAACUCUCAACCUUUUGAGGCAAAGAAGUCAAAGAACGGUGGCGAUUUGGAACUCCGGUGCGGUGGUUGCGAUUUCCGGCGGUGGUCCGGUGAGAAUAGGGGGCGGAUUCCGGCGAGGGAGUUCAGUGUUCUUGAGACUCAACUUGGGCCUGAAAGGUUCUGAAUUUUUGCUUGUUGGUGUGAAUGAAUGUUACUACAGCCACCCGAAAAUCCUUUAUUCCAGUCCAAUCUCUCACUUUUUUUUAUUGUAAUUUUGUGAUAUCAAAUCAAAUUAAACUUGGGCCUGACUUUGUGGAUUUGUUGUUUGAAUUGAGAAUCAAUGAAGUGUGGAUGGUGUGAAUUA